CAGCGCUACAGUCUGCCGCCGCUGCCGUGGAGCUUCGCACUGACCCGCAGCUCGGCCAGCAGCUCACCUGAUAGGGCUGACAGCCCGAGAAGACCACGCAAGAUUUUCUCCUCUGAAAAGUAUCUUUCGCUAACACCAACGGCGUCGGAGCGGAAUUACGCAUCCCGACGAACCCUCUCGUCCGUCCGAGAUGCAGCGUCAACAAACUUAAAAUGUCCUUACUGCUGUGCACCAGCCAGUGCAGAAUGUCCUACAGAAAUCUAAGCUCCAUGGCCAUCAUUUCCCACUGCCCACUACCUCUGGGAGGUGUCUUUCAAAGGCCCCACUUAGGGCGAUGGACGACCAGCUGAGUGAUGGAGAUGAAUCAAAGGAUGCAGCCUGUUCAUAGUGACUAGAUUAGGAGACACCAACCAGCGCUGCAGUGAGCUGAUGUUCUCUGGAAAUUCAGGAGAUACAGAUCACAUAUUUGUUUAGUUUGUGUCAGCACAGAGACUGUAUGCUGACUCCUCAACCUUGCGAUGCUUGUUAUGAGUUGUACAUCCACAACAAAUGAGCCAGAGAGCUGUAGCAGCGAGGGGAGCAGCUGCACCACUUCCUCCAUCACUACCUCAGACCCUUCUUCUAUGUCUGGGCACGUUCAACCCACCUUGCUUUCUGACACCACCCAGAAUGAAGUGCCGCCCCCUCCUCCCCUCCCGCCCCCACCUCCUGGGGCACCGCCGCCCCCUCCGCCCCUGGCAAACACAUCCACCAACCACAAUGGGAGGAAAAAGCGCCGGGUCCGCAGCUUCUACUGGAAGCCUAUCCCAGAGGAGAAGGUGCGCGGGAAGCCGAACAUCUGGACGCUGGCGGUGCGGCAGCAGCAGUACCAGAUCGAUGUUCGCUCUGUGGAGGAGCUGUUUGGGCAGCAGGAGGAUGCGGGGACGGGCCUCCGUGGGUCAGCAGCAUCAACUGCAACAUCAACUCACGUAUCCCGAUCACGCUCCUUUAAGGAGACCAAGAAAGACGAGGUCAACAUCCUUGACUCAAAGAGGGGGAUGAACGUGGGCAUUUUCCUCAAGCAGUUUAAGAAGUCCAACCGCUCCAUUGUCGAAGACAUACGAAAAGGAGAAGGAAAGAUUUAUGGAGCGGAGCUGCUCAAAGACCUGCUGAAGCUCCUGCCUGACGCAGAGGAGAUUAAGAAGCUGCAGGCAUUCAAAGGAGAUCCAGACAAGCUGACACUGGUCGAUUCCUUUAUGUACCUCUUGAUCCAGGUGCCACGGUUCGAGGUUCGUAUUGAGACCAUGGUCCUCCAGGAAGAGUUCUUCCCUUGCUGUGCUGCGAUGGGCCAUGAGAUUGAUGUCGUCCGUGUUGCGACUAAACAGCUGAUGAGCUGUGAGGAGCUUCAUGCCAUCCUGCAUCUGGUGCUGCAGGCAGGAAACAUCAUGAACGCGGGUGGCUAUGCAGGGAACGCUGUGGGAUUCAAGCUGUCAUCCCUCCUUUCACUGGCUGACACCAAAGCCAACAAGCCGGGGAUGAACCUGCUGCAUUUUGUGGCCAUGGAGGCAAAGAAAAAGGACGAGAAGUUGCUCAAGUUUCCUGAGAAGCUUCAAGAUGUCCAGAGUGCAGCCAGAAUUUCAGUGGAAAACAUUGAGGAGGAGUUUUCCUCCUUGUAUGUCCGAAUCAAAUCCCUGGAAGAGAAAGUUCAAGGAGACCAGGAGCUGCUGCAGCAGCUGGAGCCCUUCCUGCAGAGUGCAGCACUGACACUUCAGGACUUAAAGAGACGCAGGCUGGAUCUGCGUAAAGAGGGAAGUACUCUCAUCGAUUUCUUUUGUGAAGACAAGGACACAUUCAAGCUGGACGAGGGCUUCCGGAUCUUUCAGGAUUUCUGCAUCAAAUUCAAGAAAGCUGUUAAGGACAACACGGACCGGGAGAUGAAGGAAGCAGCCAGACAGCGUCGUCUCAAAGAACUGGAGGAAAAGCGUUUUAUGUGGUCGAGCGGGGAUCAGACCGGCGGAUUUGGUCGCAGCAGCAGCGAGAACGACGUAGAAAUGCUCACCAAGGAGGGCCUCCUGGAGUUUUUCCAGAGGUCUCAGAGUCCACACUGCCCACUGGAACGUUCUGCCAGCGCACGCCGACACCGGCACACCAUGACCUCCAUAGCAGAUCGUGAACUCCAGGGAUACUUGGAGCUGUUCGGAAGCACAGGGAACACCUCUGACUUUUCAAAAUUUAACAGCCUACCUCGGUUAGGCCGCCCUAUCCAGCGGAGGAUGGCCCCCUGGAUGUUAGUCCAGGACAAUAACCGGGAACUGGGCCGUGAAAGAAAAGCGACGUCUCCGCAUUCAGAAACUGAGCUGAUCGGCUCACACGCCAAGUUUUCUUCCUCUGAGCUAAACGAUAAUGAGGACAGCAACAACAACAAUUACUCAUCUGUGUCAGAGAGCAGCGCUCUGCCUCGGCCCUUUUGUGUCUUUCAGAAGCCUGCCCAUAUUCCCAACCCAGCAAUUACUGGCCACAUGAGUGUUAGUGUGGAGAAGCAUACUUUAGUCCGAGGUCCUCAGGCUUUUGACCUAAUCAGUCCAAAUAAUAACAGCAAUCACAUGCACUUUGUCAACCGGGGGGACGUUGUGGUGACGGAUCUGGAAAUAGGGAGACAGUCACCACCCAAGAAUCUGGACAACCUUUCACAUGAUAUAUUUUUGGAAAGGGGGGGAAAUCUAAAGGUAGUAUGGGAAGAUACAAUAGUUCCUUCCACUCAGGCUGGGGUCUCUCCUGAGAGAGAGAAAGACGAAGAGGACUACAGCACAGUUUCAUCCACAACCUGCGAUACCCCUCUUCCACUAGAUACCUCUGUAUCCAACAAGAAGCCAAUGUUUUAUAUAAUGGACUGCACAGAAACGGACAUCUCUGUCACCUUGGAUUGCUCUGAGGUGGAAACCUCGUCUACAAAAGAAGGACUUCAUUUCCAAACAGCUGACUGCAGCAAAGAUCAGGAAAGUCGGCAAGACCCGAGCUCUGUGUCUAAUUUGGAAUCCACAUCUCCCAACGACCAGUCUGCUUCAACCAAUGAGCUCUCAGCCCCCAAAUCUGUGGAUGCAGCAUCUGUGGCUCCAUCUACUACCACAGAAGAGUGGGACACGGAGAGCUGUGACACCGCUGAAGGAAAACAGGCCGCGGGGAAAGAUGCACAACGAAGCAGCCGAAAGCCAGCGCCUACAAAGAGCAAAGGCAGCAAAGCGACCAAAACCAGUGCAGGCCAUGGUGUGCGAAUGCUGGCCAGCAACGAUAACCAGGGUAUGCGGAAAGUCGUCCCUAUUACCAAGCUGACCAGGACAGGUAGCAGCAGGCGAGCAGAGAAACCUGCAGUUCACGAUAGUGGGGAGACACGGCGGCCUCUCCGUGACCAGAGCACUCCGGCAAGAGGAAGGAGCGAGAAGACAACGAGACCUCCUCGGCACUCCAGUUUGCCUCCUGAUGAGUCAAAAGCCCAGAAGGGAGGCGGUCUCACGGGCAGCGUUUCUAGAUGGGCGCGUGAUUCAAUGCCUAGGAAAGCUUCAAUCCACAAGCCAAGCGCCAAACCCGUGAGGAACAUUCCCAAGCCGGCACCUGAGGAGAAGAUGUGCCGCUCUACUAUGAGAGCCCUUGCUCAGGCUCAGGCUCAGGCUCAAGCUCAAGCUCAGACAUCUCCUGAGAACAGCAGCUCACACACACACAGUGCAAAAAACACUUCUGGAGUCCCCAGCUUCGCCCGCAAUACUGUGGCCUCGUCUUCCAGGACCAGGAAAGAGCUGGGCCCUCCGUCGGUCCCUUCCACCCCGUCUCGUAGCCCCUCCCUCCUGGGUCGACAAAAGCCGACCCGGGCAUCACACGCAGGUCACACCAGUGACGAGCGGCCACAGGCAACAAGCCUGCGGCGGGUGCAAAGCGUGAAGGCAACAAGCCACAGCACCUACCGUAGCGAGACCCCGCCUCCCCCUACAGCACGUGAGAACGUUCGUAAAUCUAGCAGCUUCUCUGAAAAGUCUGUGCAGCCCAGAGACUUGAUGACAUCCAGCAGAAGCAGGAAGCCGAGCUGGAAGUAAAAAAAAAAAACAAAAAAACAAACCUGACUGCAGGAUAACAGGAAGCAGGAAGAGAGGACUUUUUUUUGUUUGUUUGUUUUUUUUUACCUGCUCAUCUAGAGUUAUCCACUCAUAUCAUGCAUAUCAAACAAAAGCAUGUUAAGCUUUCUAACUGUGUAAGAAUCCCUCUGUAGCUGGCUCUGUAUCAGGUUUACAAAUCACAAAGAGCAAGAUGCAAUGAAGUGCACACGUUCCUCAUUUCGUCUUCUUGUUUUUUGUUUCUAAGGGUUGGGAGAAAUCUAAACUGACAAAUGGCAAAUUGGUGCUUUUACACUGCAGCCUCUUUGCCUGCUUAGCUGUCUGCGUUCAGUAUGUUUUGGUGUCUGUGAUGCUGUUGAUGUCAGACACGACUACGUAAAGCUGCUAAUUAGCUCUGACAGAUUUGAGACCGACUUUCAGUGUCUGUUUCAUUCAGGGUUACGAGAUUUGUUGUACCUUACCUCGCUUCGGUGUCUUUUUCACUUUGCUGCUUCUUCCCGUAGACUAACAGCGCUUCGUUUGCUUUGUGAUUCUUUUUGCUUGAUACCUCAGAACGAUCGCAGUGGCCUUGCACCAGCAGAAAAAGUAGACUUGUUCAUUUGGUUCUGCAUGAUGAUGAUGAUGAUGAUGUAGACAGAUCAGUUUUACAAAAAAAUAACUGCAGUGUCACUUUUUAAGAAAUUCCUGGUAUACUGUAUUAAUGUUACAACAAUAUAUAAAAGUCACACAUAUUAUGCCAGUGUGUAUACCAACCGUGGUACUUCUCGUACUGUAUCAGUAGUUUGUAAAUGUGUUAGGACUCCUCCAUAAUAUUUUGGAGUAGACAUGCACGUGGGAAAUGUUUCCUGUUUCAGCUAAUACAUGAAAAAAACGCUAACGCUGUGAUAGAAAACCACCGAGCGCAACAGAAACACAAAGACACUGAUGCCAUCAUCAGUCAUGUUUUUAGAGUCUGAUCUAAUUUUUCUACUGUGAACAUUGUCAUCUCAUAUUUUCUCAAGGCUUGUUCAAUUACAACAGUAAGCCCGUGGUUGUAAUUCAGCCUGGAUCUAGUUUGUUGCUGUCCUGAGUAUCAUCACGACGCAGAAACAGGUUCAUUUAAAUUUAUCCCCAGUGAUAAAUUUAUUAUUUAAAAAAAAAAAAAAAGAUUUGCUGUACUGAAGGUUUUUCCUUAAAUUCUUGGAAACAAUUUCAAGCAUUUAAAAACACUCAGAAUAACAUGUUCAGAGAGUUUCUCAGGCUGCGACUGCAUUUUCUCUUCAUUCAGUCAAAAAUGACUCUAGGGCAAAAGUAUGGUUCACAAAUAACAAACUCAUUAUUAUGUAUGGAAAUAGAUUAGAUAAUACUUUGUUGCACCAGUGUGAACAAAAACAGCUGGCAGUGGUUAUACAUUUUCUUCUACGUCACAAAUUGAACAUAAACAUGCUAAGAUGAUAUAAUGUUAUAGGAUAUGCACUAUAUGGACAAAACUACCAGCUACAGACGGAGGUGUGCGCUAAUACUUUUGUUCAUUUCUAUAGUGCAACCAUACCAAAUGUUUCUCCAAAUUCAGAUAGUUUGAUGAGCUUUUAAGGAUUCAGUAAAAAUCUUCAGUACAGCAGCAGGAGCUGACAAACGACGGUCUUUGCUUUUCAGAAGUUCUUCAUGUUUCAGAAAAUAAAAAGUAAUGUAAACAUCAUGUAAGUGCAGCACCGCCGACCACUUUGCACCACUUGCCUUUUAGAAUACAUUGUGCCAUUGCCUUGAUGGAAACAACACUCUCAACAGUGCAUUGCCUUAAAGCUUAAUGUAGCCGAUCAAUCACCAGUAGAAGCUCCUUGAUUGUAAAAGGAGAGUAGAAACUUUACUGCCUUCCAUCACAUCAAAGUGAAACUCUGCUGGUCACUUUGUAAAUAAUGUAAAGACGUUUUCUGACCAUUCAUAUGUUUAUACUUCAUAAAAACAUAAAGAGUAAGAGAAUAAAUCAUGUGUGCACGCACAGAUGUUUAAAAAGCAAGCGUCUCAUCGUCAUAGGGCCGAGGGUCGACCUGCAGGGUGUGGACAUGCUGCGAGUGUCUUCCUGUUCCCUGUCAUGCAAAUGAAGCUGAUGGACUGAUGACACAAUAGGCCCAAUGUGACAAACCACUGUGUGUGUGGCCUGAUGCCACCUAAAUAUAGAUCCUCCUGUUACAGUAUCAGAGUCAUUUAGGGCUGUGAUAGUUGCUAUCAACACAUGUUUUCAGGAAUUUUAAAUCCCACCAGAAGCAAAUAUCUGAAGUAAUCUUCAAGCCCAUCAAACCAAAGGAAUCAUUUGCGAUGCUUGUUUUUGUCCAACCAGCUGUUUGUUUUCUAAAUAAGUUAGUUAUCUCACAUUUUCAGCACUAAAAUAGUGACUUCUGAACUUAAUGUCUGUCUGGAGCAGUUACAUUGAAAAUGUAUUUGAUGUAUAAAAAAACAAAAAACAAGUGGAUGUGUUUGAAAAUUUUGGAAAACCCUUAACUGACACUUUUAGACUCCUUUGAGAUCUUUGAAAGAUUGCCCACCCGUGAAUGUAACCUUUUUCAGACUACACUGACAAAAAAAAAGAAAAAUGUCCACUUCAUUUCUAACCAAGCUGGGUCAUGGAAAUGUCCGCUCUUUAAAAAAACAAACAAACUGAAAACUCCAACUGUUUUAUGACUUCAUGGAAAGAUGAUGCUUCCACCACCACGCCGUCAUUUUAACCGCCCUCAGCUUUACAAUGGGUGCCCUUUACAUUACAUGACAACAGCUUACAACAGCAGAGCUACUUAUGAAUUUGAAUGCUUGCUCGCUCUCAUCACCACAGCUACUGCAUUUAAGGAAUUGUUACCAUAGUAACAUUAGUUUCCAUUAUAAAGUGUCCUGUCAGCUCUCUACAGCGACACCUUCGUCACGUUACAAGUUUCGUAGCGCUGCUUAAAAGUUACGUGACUUUAUAACGUUUGGAGUGAGUCAUUUUUAUCUGUUGUAUUUCAUUACUGACACAUGCCGACUCCACUGCAACAAGCCUGUCUUACUGUAGCAUUCGUUGCUCCAGGAUGUAUUUCUACUCUGAUGUGAUUCUCUGAGAAUAGAACUUGUCUUUUGUUUUCACAGCUGAGGCAAAUAGGUGCUCUGCUGCUCUGCUUGGUCAUCUCUAAAUCUGAAGUUUCAUGAUGGAAAAAACAAACAAAAAAAACUCCAAUACAUAAAGAAAAUGACCACCUCUGAUCACUAGACCGCAGGGCUGCGAAAUGUGUUAUUACUGUUCCACUUUAUAUUUCUGAUGCUGAUAUAAAUAAAUCGCAUU